AUAUAUUUGAGUUUAAAAAUCUAAAUCAAAAAUAUUAACAUCUGUAGUUUGAAACGAAAACCAUACAACAAAUGUAAAAACACGAAACAAAACAUUAAAUUGUUAGUAAUUAUCAAAAAACUUUGCGUUCUUACAAUUUGGUCACGUUUUUCCUUUUUAAAUUCAAAAUAUUAAUUUUUAUUAUAUUAAACUUUUUAAUUAAAACUAUUCAAAAAUGGAUUGUAAGAAAACUACGCUCUUUGACAUUGAAUCUGGAGAAGAAGUCGUUAUUUCUGGUAUUGCCGGUAGAUUUCCUGAAUCUGACAACAUAAAACAUCUUCAGGAGAAUCUGUUUAAUAGGAAAGAUCUUGGAUCGAAUGAUACCCGACGAUGGAAUCAUGUUCAUCCAGAAAUACCCCAACGCACAGGAAAAAUCAAUAAUAUGGAGAAAUUCGAUGCAGAGUUUUUUGAUUUUUCGUUCGAUGAAGUUGCCGUGACGGAUCCCAUGGGAAGGAUAUUAUUAGAACAUACUUACGAAGCUAUAAUUGAUGCAGGAGUAAAUCCAAAAGAUUUACGUGGAACAAAAACUGGAGUUUUUAUCGGGGUGUGCUUUUCUGAAUCGGAAGGAAAUUGGUUUUACGAAAAACAUCAGGUACCUAAUUCUGCAAUUCAUGGAUGUUGUAAGGCAAUGCUGGCAAAUCGAAUCUCUCAACGGUUGGGUACAACAGGGCCGUCUUAUUCAAUCGACACAGCUUGCAGUUCAAGUCUCUUUGCUAUGGAGCAUGCUUUUAAAAGUAUGCGAUCGGGGGAAUGUGAUGCUGCUAUUGUGGGUGGUGCAAAUCUUUGUUUACACCCCAAUUUAGCCUUGCUAUUUACACGAAUUGGAGUUUUAUCGCCUGAUGGAUUUUGUAGAUCUUUUGAUCAAAAUGCAAACGGUUAUAUGCGUAGUGAAACAAUCUGUGUAGUAUACCUUCAAAAAGCAAGAAGGGCUAAGAGAUUUUAUGCAACUGUUGUAUAUGCCAAGACGAAUUGUGACGGAUACAAAGAACAAGGGAUAACUUUUCCGUCCAGCGAAAUGCAAGCAGCUUUGCUUCAAGAGUUUUACGAUGAAUGCGGUGUAUCACCGUCUUGCUUAGCUUUUAUGGAGGCUCAUGGUACUGGUACCAAAGUUGGUGAUCCGGAAGAAAUUAACGCACUCGAGAAAAUUUUCUGCAAGGAUAAGAAGACUUCUCUAUUAAUUGGUUCUGUCAAGUCAAACUUAGGUCACACUGAGGCUGCUGCAGGUUUAUGUCAAAUUGCUAAGGUUAUAAUUGCGAUACAAACUGGCAUAAUCCCGCCGAAUAUAAAUUUCACACAAGUACGGAAAGACAUUAAGGCUCUUGAGAAUGGAAGUAUACGUGUAGUAAAUACCCCAACACCUUGGAAUCCCGGUUUCGUAGGUAUUAAUUCGUUUGGCUUCGGUGGAGCCAAUUGUCAUAUUUUGCUACAAUCUAAUUUGAAGCAAAAAGUUAAUGGAGGAGCGCCAAAUGACGAUUUACCAAGACUCGUUGUUAUAUCUGGUCGUACUGAACAAGCAGUCGAAUCAUUCUUAAAUGAGGUCGAGAAUCAACCGAUAGACGUCGAAUAUAUUCGGCUUUUGCAUGAUCUUCACGCUGACGAUAUACAAGGUCAUCCUUACAGAGGCUAUGCAAUUAUCGAAUCUAAAGCAUCGAUAAAAAUGAUGAAAGAAAUACAACAUUAUUCGGGUAAAAGGAAACCGAUUUGUUUUGUAUUUUCCGGAAUUGGAUCGCAAUGGCCUGGCAUGGGCGAAUCAUUAUUACAAUUCCCGACAUUUUAUAAAUCUGUAAAAAAAUGCGAUACUAUUUUGAGGACACAUGGAAUGAACAUCAUUGAUAUAAUAACAAGUAAACACGAAGCAAUCUUUAACAGCAUAUUGAACUCGUUAGUUGGCAUUACUGUAAUGCAGAUCGGUUUAAUUGAUCUUUUAAAGUCCAUAAAUAUCGUGCCAGAUCAUGUUGUCGGUCAUUCGAUCGGCGAACUUUGUUGUGGAUAUGUGACUGGUAAUUUUACAAUGGAACAAGUGCUACUCUCCUCCUAUUAUAUAGGAUUGGUAUUAAGUGAAACAAAAAUAACUCACAGUUCUAUGGCCGAGUUUGAUCACAAUUAUGAUAAAGCAAAGAACGUUAAUAAUAUCUAUACUGAAGAAAUUAAAGGCAGCAACAUGUCUCUUCACAGUCAAUUAGCAUCUGUAAAAACUAAGAUUCUUUCUUAUCUAAAUCGAUUAAUGCCAAAUAAUAUUAUGACGCACAAUCAAACAUGGCAAAAAUUAUUACGCGGCACUGAGUUGUCUUAUGCUGAAUAUUUUACAAAUAAUCUGCUAGAUCCUGCAUCUGUCGAAGUAAUUGUACAAUUAAUUCCUAAAAAUACUGUGACUCUCGAAAUCGCGCCAGAUGGAACUUUUCAGAGCAUUAUGAAGGAAUUGUUCGAUAUAAGUAAUAUCGCAUUACUACAAUGCAACCAUGAAAACAAUGUUAAAGUAUUUUUACAAGGAUUGGGAAAAAUGUAUAACAAUGGUUUGCAACCGCAACUAGCGAAUUUAUACCCAACUGUGCAAUUUCCUGUUAGUCGUGGAACUCCAAUGAUCUCACCAUCAAUCAAGUGGAAUCAUUCCAAAGACUGGUAUGUAAUGUGUUUUAAAACACAAAAGAAAAUUACUUCAGGAGAAAGAACAGUUAAUAUCACAUUGAAAGAUGAAUCUUUUGAAUAUAUAAGCGGUCAUAUAAUCGAUGGAAGAAACUUGUUGCCAGCCACAGGAUAUCUUGUUUUCAUUUGGGAUACAAUUAGUAUGCAGAGGGGUCAGUGGCUUAAUGAAAUACCAAUUGUAUUUGAAAAUGUCAAGUUUCUUCGGACAACGCAUAUUCCGAAGCAGGGAGAUUUGGAUCUAACCAUAUUGAUUCAGAAAGGCACAGGAAACUUUGAAAUAAUAGAAGGAGAUAAUACUGUUGUUACCGGUACAGCACGCAUUCCCUCAGAUCCUUCUAAAGAAAAAAUACAUCUUAUACAAAAGGAUUGUGAAGAUAAGGAAAAAUUGAUGACAACAAAAGACAUUUAUAAAGAAUUAAAAUUACGCGGAUAUCAAUAUACCAAUCUAUUUCGAGGUUUAAAAAGUUUAUCUGUUACUGAAAAUCGAGGAUACAUAGCUUGGAUAAAUAAUUGGGUAACGUUUAUGGAUAAUAUGUUGCAAGUAAAAGUGUUCGGUUGCGAUACGAGAAAUCUUUACAUUCCUACGGAGAUACAAAAACUGGUGAUUGAUACAGAACUUCAUACACAGUAUAUACGAAAUAUAACAGCGGAAGAAAAACAGUUGCCUGUGCACUUCUACAAAGAUUUAGAUGUGAUAGUAUCAGGUGGUAUUGAAAUUUGUGGUUUAAAAUCUACAUGUAUAUUCCGUCGAAAGUCAACAGCGAAUCCUGUUCUCGAAGAAUAUAGAUUCGUAGCUCAUCGCGACAGAGCCGAGGUUUCCUUACAAGAGAGCAUAAUCUUAUCAAUGCAUCUCGCUCUGGAAUAUCAUCAAACAACUAAAGUAAAUAUUAUCGAGUUGAUUGAAGACGGUGAUGAAAUAACGGCAGAAGAAUUAGCAUCACCAUUGUUUCUUGAAAUCUUAGAUAAUCUGCCGUUGAUUAAGCCUAAUCUCAAUUUAAUAACCGGAACCAAUCGUUUCGAUUCUGUUCUUCCACCAAAAAUUACGCGGUCCAUGAAGCUAUCAAAAGAUAAUAAUGCGAUAUUAGCCGCUGGAGUUAAUCUAUUAACACACGAUAAGAGCAAAACUUUAAAGGAAAUUCUGUCAGUAUUACAAAAUGAUGGUUUCUUACUGACACGGGGACAACCGCUCUCAAGAGAUGAUUUUACAAAUGCAGAGAGGCACAAUUUAGCAGUAGUUCUUGAGAAACGCACAAAAAAGGAACAUAUUGUACUUUUAAAAAAAAAAGAAAGAUUGUGGAGAAAAACAGAAAUUAUUUUUGUGAGCAAUUACAACUUCACUUGGUUAGAGCAACUAACAUCGAUCUUAAAUGUCGAGAACAAUAUUGUAAGAAUAAUUUUAGUAGGUCAAGAAGAUUCGGAAUGCGGUUUAUUAGGUCUCAUAAAUUGUUUGAGAAAAGAACCAGGUGGAAAAUUAAUAAGAGGUGUAUUGAUCCAAGACGAGACAGCACCGAAAUUUUCUCUAGACGAGCCGUUGUACGCGGAUCAACUCCAGAUGGAUCUUUUUAUAAAUGUUUUGCGCCCGGGAAAAGUAUGGGGAUCAUAUAGACAUCUUCCACUAGCACCUUUAGAGCUAAAACUCACAUAUCAUGCUUUAGUCAAUCAAAUGAUUCGCGGUGAUUUGAAUUCAUUUCGUUGGAUCGAAGGUCCGAUCGCUCCAAGUUAUCAGCACAAAGAUCUUGUUCGCAUAGUUUAUGCGUCCAUCAAUUUCAAAGAUGUAAUGAUAGCGACGGGCAAAAUCAACAUGGAUGAAUAUAUGUCACGCGGACGAUUAGAAGAAUGUCUAAUAGGCUUAGAAUAUGUCGGUAUUGAUAGUGCUGGACAUAGAGUAAUGGGAAUUUGGGAAAAUAGAUGUCUAUCAAAUAUGCACGUAGCCGAUAGAACUCUAUGCUGGUAUAUUCCUGACGAAUGGACACUGGAGGACGCUGCGACAGUACCGUGCGCUUAUGGCACAUGUUGUUACGCAUUAUACAUAAAGACAACGAUAAAGAAAGGCGACAAGAUAUUAAUACAUUCGGGUACUGGCGCCGUAGGUCAAGCGGCAAUUUAUCUCGCGCUUCAUGAAGGCUGCGAAGUAUUCACCACCGUCGGUACUCCGGAAAAGCGAAAGUUUAUAAGAGAUACUUUUCCAUCUAUUCCAGAGGAUCAUAUCGGAAAUUCGCGCGACACUAGUUUCGAGCAAAUGAUAUUUCAACAGACAAAAGGUCGCGGUGUAGAUAUCGUACUGAACUCGUUAGUUGAAGAUAAACUUCAGGCUUCUAUUCGUUGUCUUGCAAAAGGAGGGCGCUUUCUCGAAAUUGGCAAAUUUGAUUUUAUGGCUAAUAAUAUGUUGGACUUGUCACUUUUUUCGAAAGGCAUUACAUUUUAUAGUGUUAUGUUGGACAGCUUAUUUUCGGCUACGGAGGAACGGAGAAUGGUAUUGCAUAAGGUCCUACUCAAUGGCCUUAUUAGCGGAGCUAUUCAGCCAAUCAGCAGGACAGUUUUUCAGAGAGACGAAAUCGAGUCUGCAUUCAGAUACAUGGCAGCUGGAAAGCAUAUAGGAAAAAUAAUUAUAAAAAUACAUAAAGAAGACGAAUUUAUAAACGCACCUAUUCCUGCACUUCCACGUUAUUAUUGCUUGGCAAACAAGACGUACGUCAUUUUUGGUGGCUUGGGUGGCUUCGGUUUAGAAUUAGCUGAUUGGUUGAUCAUUAAAGGUGCGAAAAAUCUCGUGCUUGUCUCGCGCACGGGAGUAAAGAAUGGAUAUCAACAGAUGAAAAUCGAUUUAUGGAAAUCUUACGGAGUGAAAAUAUUGACCUUAUCAGACCUCGAUGCAUCGGACAUCAAUGAUUGCAAAAUUAUAUUAAAAACAGCAGAAAAGAUGGCACCAAUAGACGCUAUAUUCAAUCUUGCUGUAGUAUUGAACGAUAAGAUCUGCCAGAAUCAUACCGUAGAGACAUUUCAAGUGCCAUUUAAAGCAAAAGCUUGGGCAACAAAAAAUUUGGAUCGAUUGUCUAGAAAGAUUUGUCUCGAGCUUCGACACUUUGUUGUGUUUUCCUCUGUUUCCUGCGGCAGAGGUAAUACCGGACAGAGCAAUUACGGCAUGGCAAAUUCUGUUAUGGAAAGAAUUUGUGAGAGAAGAGUGCAAGAAGGUUUACAUGGACUCGCGAUUCAGUGGGGCGCAAUAGGCGAUGUCGGUCUCGUGGCUGACAUGCAAGACGACGACACGGAAAUGGUUAUUGGCGGUACUUUGCAACAAAAGAUAAGCUCCUGCAUUGAAAAACUCGAAGAGUUUUUAUUACAAGAGCAUCCCGUAGUAGGAAGUAUGGUUGUAGCUGAGAAACAUUCAGACAUUUUAGGCUCAGACAAUAUUGUUGAAACUGUGGCCAAUAUCAUGGGUUUGAAGAAUUUGAAAGACGUGGCUCGCCACACGUCUUUGCCCGAGCUCGGUAUGGAUUCAAUGAUGGCUGUGGAAAUUAAACAGACUUUGGAACGAGAGUUUAAUGUUUUCCUUACAGCGCAAGAUAUUCGUUGCCUUAAUUUUGCCAAACUUAUCGAUAUGUUUGACAAAGAUUCAUUGAAGGACAAAAGCGAUCGAGAUGAGAACGAUGUAGCUGGUAUUAAGCUGCUCGUUUAUUCAAUAAGUAACGAUCAUUUGAUUCGCGACAUCUGUUUAGACCUUCCGACGAAACAAAACAGGACAAGAAGCGAAAUAUUUCUAUUGCCAGGAAUGGAAGGUUGCGGACAUAUAUUCAAUUCGCUGGUACAGCAAAUCGAAGCUCCAGCAACGUGUUUACAACAUGGAGUAUAUAGCAUUGGCAAAGGUUAUACUUCAAUAAACAAGAUUGCUGAUUGCUUGUUACAGCACAUUUUGAUUAAAAAGAAAUUGAAUCAAGAUUUUGUAAUAGUGGGUUAUUCAAUGGGAUCAUUGAUCGCAAUUGAAUUAACUCGAAAAUUAGAAGCGAUGAAUCUUCAAGGUCGAUUAGUGCUCAUUGAUGGCUCACCCGAGCAGGUAAAAGCACUGCUAAAUCAAUUCUUACCUUUUACCACGUUUGUCGAACUCGAGAAUAAUGUUCUUCUUAGUAUAAUGGAUACUAUACAGCCAGCACUUAGUGGAAAGCUUCUAUUGGAAUUAAACAAAUGCACCAAUUGGGACGAAAAAUUAGAUACAUUUAUAACUCAUAUUCCUUCAUCGUAUACACAAUUGUCGACUGAUAACAAUAAAUCUUUAUGUACAACAAUUUAUGAGCGGGUAAUCGCUGUUCAUAAAUAUGAUGUAACACAAUUACCGAAAAUUGAAUCGCCGAUAAUUCUUUUAAAGCCUACGAUAAAAUCACUGUCAUUUUUUCAGGAAGAUUACGGCUUACAUAAGAUUACUAAAGGAAAUGUGGAAGUAUGUUAUAUCGAAGGUAAUCAUGUUACAAUGAUGGACAGCGAUAAAAUUGUCGCUGCGAUCAAUGGAGAACAUAUUGAAAGCGUCAAAAAAUUAAAACUAAAUUUAACAGAUGAUAAUACAACAUCUGUUAAAGAUAUUUAUACUAGAUCGUAGAAGCACAAUUAGAUAUUAUAUUGUGUGAAACAUGUAUGUGAGAUACAUAUACACACGCAUUUGCCCAUACACACACACAAUUAACAAAAUAUUUACAUAGCAACAUUAUGUUAAUAAAAUUCUAUGUUUAGAGAAAGAAAGAGCAUAAAUUUUAAUUUAUAUAUAAUUUCUUUUUUAUCAAAUAUAUUUUCUAUUUAUACAUUUGUAAUGUUUUUAUUAUAUUUAGGUAAUUUAAUAAGCGUAUU